AUGGAGUUUGAGGAUUUCGGGUACCUUCGUCGGGUCUACGUCGACGAUAUCGGGGUGCAGCUCCCGAUGCUCUCGAGCACGGCGCCCGUGAAGGAGGUGCGGGAGCGGCUGCGAAACCCCCUCGCGGUGGAGCUGCUCCUGGGAACGCUGCAUCAGCUCCCGGGGCCGCACAUCCGAUCGAUUUUGCAGCUCGGCCUCGUCUCCGCGGACGUGGGAACGAAGCUGAAGGAUCACCUUAAAGCGCUCUGCAUGAAGCCAUCCGCGCAGACGAUCGUGUUAUCCCCCGUCCGCCUCCCUUCCACGCUGCACUGCGUUUUUAGCUUCUACCUGCACACGGAGAACCGCUACGAAUACCUGGCAAAGCUGAUUUGGCAGGCCCGCGAGACGAUCCCAGGGCGGGCGGUGAUUUUUAUCCAAAGCCAUGAGGAUAUCCUACAGGUCCGGCGAACCCUGCGAGGGUUCGGCAUGAACGCCAAAAUCUUCUCCGAGGUCUACGGCAAUGGCCAGUUUCAGGAAAAGUGGAAGUUUCUCCUGCUUCGAGAGUCCGAGGCCUUUGGAACCGACAUCCCGCUCGUCUCCCACGUCUUCGUGAGCUUCGCGCCGCAAUCGUGGCAGACGUUUUUGCACAUGUCUGGGCGCGCCGGACGGUUGGGAAAUGUGGGGUGGGUUUUCACGAUCACCGAUAAACGCGACGCGAAGCACGUCCGUCGCGUUGCCGAAGAUCUUUCCGUCGAUUUCACGAAUCACAUCGUGGAUGUAAACCUCGCCCAGGUCCCGCCGGCAUCGGUGGACAGCUUCACGAAGGAUCCGGAGCUCUUUGGGAUGGAUCCGCAGUACGUGGUGCAGCAGCACUACGAAGUGCAGGCCGAAAAUCCCGAUAUGGCGAACCGAAGUCGGGAAUUUUUCUCCAAACCCGCGUAUAAGCAGUUUCAGAUGGAGAACUACACACCCGUGGCGAAGCUGCAGCGGCGCUUUGACAGCGCAGGGAAGCUUGCGCGGGAUGUGGAGCGCAACCCUUCAAUUGUGUUGGAUAUGGCGCGAAAGGGCCUCGUGGAUGAUCAACUGCGUCCUACCAAGCGGCUGAAAGAUCAAAUGGAUCUCAAAACAUCCAAACGCGCCCCAUCGCCUUUUGAAAAGAAGAGAUAA